UCACGAGUAGUUGUAAAGUAUUUAUAUUUAUAUAAUUAUUUUAUACAGUAACUAAUGACGUGAACGGCGUGUAAAAAAACGUACAACAUCUUUUGUUGAACUACACUGGCAAGCUAUUAGUGAAAUGUAAAUUUGUGAUUAGGAUCUCCGAUUAGACAUCAUAAUUAACAAGAAAUAUUAAGUAAAUAAAAAUGUACAAAUAAAAACAAGUGAUGUGUUUUAUCAACUACUCCAUAUUAUACUGACUAUUAUACGCAAUUAAUUAAAAAUUUAAAACUGAUUUACAGGAGUACUACAACAAAAUGUGUAUGAAACGUGAACAUGACGACUACGAACAGUCAGGGUAUCCUUUUCCUGUGUUUGAUUUCAUCGAUCUGACAAAUGAAGAUUUUGGCGAUGACGGAGUUGUGGAUGAAACGAUCCCAAGAAACAUUCAAUGGGACUAUCCGUACAACUUAUUAUCUAGCGACGAAGACGAACCAGUCAGAGGAAUAUUUUUGGUUAAUGGUGAUGAAAGUAAUAUCGACCUUGAACGUAUACCCGAAGAAUCCUAUGAUGAUUCAAUUGAAAACACCAGUCAAGAAACGACGUUGGUCAAUGACGUUGUAAGUGAUUUGCAGAAUAUGGCAUCCAACGACACGAAUCAGCAAAAUGAUGAACGAGAAUUUGAUUUAAAUGUACCUCAAAUUUUGUUAUCCAUGUUAACAAUAUCAAAUAAUUUAUUAGAAAGAGCUAUGCAACUUUAGAUUAUUUAACACUUCAAGUAUGUAUUUUAUUAUUUAUAUAUAAUUUAUAAAUAUGUUACAACAAUAUAUGUAUGUAUAUAUCGUAUUAAAGAUUUAA